GCUAUCAUCUGCAGCUUCGAACACAUGACAAAAAAUGGCGGCAACAUUGGAAAACAAGCUUUAUGAAGCAGCCGAAGAAGGGAACGUAACGGUUUUGUUAGAAUUAAUCCGACAAGAUCGGUUGCUUCUCGACCGCGUGCUCGUUAAUUACGCCGUCGAGACUCCUUUACAUGUUGCAGCCAUGCUUGGACAUACAGAUUUCGUCAAGGAGAUUAUACAGAGAAAGCCAGAGUUCACCAAAGAAGCGGAUUCAAAGGGUUCAUCGCCUCUUCACUUGGCGUCGGCUAAAGGGUAUGUUGAGAUAGUUAAAGCGUUACUGCUGGUGAGCCCUGACAUGUGUCUGGCUGUUGAUAAAGAAGAAAGGAAUCCUCUUCAUCUUGCAGCCAUGAAAGGCCAGGUUGGAGUUUUGAAGGAACUAGUCCGUGUUAGACCGCAGGCGGCUCGGGUUCCGGUGGCGUCGGGAGAAACCGUAUUGCAUUUGUGUGUCAAGUAUGGACAAUUUGAGGCUUUAAGGCUAUUGGUUGAAGUAAUGAAAGACCAUGAAAUUGUGAAUGCUAAAGAUGAGUAUGGCAUGUCUAUAUUGCACCUAGCGGUUGCUUACAAGCAAAUUGAGAUAAUGAAAUUCUUGCUUUCCGUUACUGGCAUCGAAGUAAACGGUCUCAAUGCAUACGGUUUAACAGCAUUAGAUGUUCUUGCACAGAGUAGGAGAGGAUUGAAAGACUUUGAGAUGGCCGAAUCCCUUCGAGACGCCGGUGCUCUAAAAGCAGCGGAAAUUUAUAAUUCGGGGCCUCGAACGGUUCGAUUGAGGACUGAGACAACACCUCUGUUUGCUCGAGAUGUUCCAACCAACCAACCAGCAAAAGAAUACCACUGGGUGGAAAAGACUUUCAAGAAGGAAGAUUGGCUCACAAGGAAACGAGAUUCAUUGAUGGUGGUGGCAUCACUUAUGGCAACGAUGUCUUUCCAAGCUGGACUAACCCCUCCUGGUGGUCUAUGGCAAGAUGGUUUGAUACAAGCGCCCCAAGGCAACAACAUCACCAAUGGAACACACGAGGCGGGAACAUCGAUAUCAGCGUAUCGAAACCAGAGCUAUUACGGUCAGUACCUUGCUGCAAACACGAUAAGUUUCAUCGCAUCGAUGAGCAUCAUCUUGUUGCUGAUCACGGGGUUGCCUUUCAAGCGAAGGUUCUUCAUGUGGAUUUUGACGGUGAUCAUGUGGGUUGCCAUCUCAGCCAUGGCGUUUACAUACAGAAUAUCACUUCUGGUUUUCACCCCAAAGGCACAGGAACUAAAUGUCACUCGGAUACUCGACUACGCUCUCGUGGUGUGGCUUUCGGUGAUGGCUCUUCUUCUUCUAGCUCACACCGUUCGCCUCACUGUUAAUAUUUUCCAGAAAGUUGACCAUGUGGUAGGGACGAAGAGAGGGCCAUCGCCAACCUUAUCCUACACAAAUAAUUUCGAUAUCUAAUCAUCAUAACUAUAUCAGU